UCGUCUCUGAACACCCGGAAGUAAACAGGAACAAUAACUGAACCAGACAGACGCCGGUGAUUUUUAGGGCAAAGCAACCUCAGGGACGAUGGAGGAAUAUAACUCUGGGGAUGAGGUUAUCUUCAACGCCGAUGAGAUCAAUAUUUCAGUCAAAGAGUGUAUCGAAGGUGUUAUUGGAGGAACAGAUUACGACCAGAGUAAAGUGAACCAGUGGACGGCCAGUAUAGUGGAGCACUCUCUGACUCACCUGGUCAAACAGGGACGGCCGUUUAAAUACAUAGUAAACUGUUCGGUCAUGCAGAAGACUGGCGCUGGUCUCCACACAGCCAACUCCUGCUACUGGGACACGGCCACUGAUGGAAGCUGCACGGUGAGGUGGGAGAAUCGCACAAUGUACUGUGUGGUCAGUGUGUUCGCUAUAGCCGUGGCGCUGUGAAGCCUCAAGACGCUGAUCUCCACUUCCCCAAACUUGAAACCAUCACCAAGAAGACGUGAAGACCUUCUGAUGACUCCCUCUGGUAGAAUUUCAUGCAGCGAGUUGGAUAUAUACAGGAGAAGAUGUUUAGACUCAGAGUUGUGCUGUGAUGGUCCAUGAUGUGCAUUCAUGACUGAGAAAUGUAGCCUUGAAGGGAGAAGGAAAAUGACAUGAGGGGACCUGUGGCAGUACAAAAAAAAUAGUCCACGUAAUCGGGCAUGAAAAUUUAAGAUAUUAUCCACAUGUUGUAAUCUCUGUGUAAUGUAGAACUUGUUUUCCCAUACGCCUCGGCUGUGCGUUGUGUUUAGUGCUAAUUAGCAAAUGUUAGUCUGUUAAAGAUGGUGAAUGUUAGAUUAAUAGUGUUGAGUUCAAAGGGCUGCAGUGUCUCACUGACUGGCUAACAUGGCUGUUAACUCUUCUUCUCAUUUCUCCUCUUCAGUACAUUCCUCUUUAAAACUGACUGAACUGUUGCCGUUGUAGAUGCUGUUGUGUUUGAUUUGGAACCUGACUACUUGUGUACAAUGUCUCUACAAGUCUACAUUCAUUUUUUCAAUCAUUUAUACUCCUCUGUUACUGUAAAGAUUGGAGAGUGUGUAUUUCCAGGUUUUAGAUGUUUAAUGCUUAGUCCUGACAAGCGAUGCACUUUAAAAAAAACAAAAAAAGACUUGCUCUGAAGAAAUCCUGGAAAUUGUCUGUUGAAUUAAUGUAAACUGUUGAGUAAAUGAAUUUGCUGGAAA